AUGCCACCUCACACAUAAACUUUUGUAAAAUUUCAAAAAAUGUGCGAUUUCUAGUCUAAUUGCCAAAAAGUUGACUGUAAAUGUUGAGUACAAUGAACUUCUAUACAGCAUCAUUUUCUAUAGGGUUAUCAAAGGGGGCCCAAACCAAAGACCAAGCUGAGACUGCUAGUCUGAAAGGAACUAGUUGUUGAGGGCACAGUGCCUAAAAUAAUAAAUGGACAAGUGUAUAUUAGAUUAUGUAGUACUACAGUACUACUCUCAAUAAAUAUGAGGCAUCAGUAAUACUGUCUACUCUAUAUUACUUUUGUUGAUGUUAUGCUUGCUCAGCUAUUAGCUAACUGUCAUUAGCAAACUGUAGCUAGCUAAUGUUAGCUACAGUCAAGCGAUGAGCACUAAAUACCUAUAAAUAUGACUACAAAUCAUUCAAAUUACAAAAAAAAAACACAAAUUUGCUAGUAAUGUGUAAUAGGAGUAUGAAUACACUUAAAUAAUGAAUACUUGUAUUUGUGUGAAAAAGUGUUUGCCCCCACUCCUUGCUUCCGGUAUAGAUGUUUAGAUGGACAUGUUUUAUAGCUGUCAUAUUGUGGGUUUUUUUUUCCCCUUACUCUUGUACUUUCACUUGAUAACUUUCACAAACUUUCUUUCAGAUGUGACCUCAUAAAUUGGACAUUCCCAGCCAAGUGUGUGUGUGUGUGUGUGUCGGGGGGUCGUCCCACCAUUCACAUCUGGACAAACAGAUGUUGGUGCGGGCAGCUCGCCGUCGUGCUUCCGUGCUGUCAUUGUUUCCGCUUCCACCUCCGAGGAGCCUCGGCGAUUCUUUUGGGGAGUUUUUAGACUUAAAGCAGCGGAAAACCUUUGACGACUUUUGACUUUGUUUAGUCUUUUUUUCUCCAACAUGGGAGACAUCGAAGCUCCCAACGUGAGACAGCCGAGCCACAGCGUGCUGCAGUCCGUCCUCCCCAGCAGAGAAUGGGCGUCCUCCAGGAAAGGAAUGCUCCUCAUCGCUGAAGUGUCUGUGUCCUUCAUAGACUUUGUGUGCUUUGCCGCAUCCACGGCAGCUGCCUUUGUGACGGUCCCCCUGCUGGAGUUCCUGGCUGCACUCUUCCUGCUCUUUGCCUACUCCACCAAAUUCAGCGAGAGGUUUAAAGGCUUCUUAUGGCCUCUCAUGGAUUUUAUGAGAUGUGUGACUGCGGCUAUCAUCUACUUCAUCAUUUCCAUCAUUGCAGUAUCCAAAUAUGUGGACAGUUCCUCCAAAGCUGCAGGGGUGUUUGGCUUCAUUGCCACAAUUGCGUUCGCUUUGGAUUUUUAUCUCAUUUUCAACGAGCUUGCCAAUUUCCUGAAACAAGGAGGAGAGACCACGGAGGAACCUUCAAGACAGCAAGAUGUUGAUGAUUUUUCAGACUCGGAUUCAGACUGAGAUCAUCCUGGUACAACUUUCAUAAUAAUGCACUCCAGGAAACAAGGCCUCUUCUGUUGCAAGGGUACCUUACCAGGGUGUAUAAAACAAGUUAUAUCACUUUUUUUUUGCAGAAUUGGUAUUGUGUUUAUAAGAUGUUUUUGUCAUGGAAAGGUAAAAUAUGAGGUACUGUAGUGGUCCUGUCUGAAUCAGCACAAAACAAACAUUCUUUGCACACACGUUUCCUAUAUUGAUGUAACACAAAAAAACAUUAUUAUUGACCCUGUGGCAAAAAAAAUAUAUGUAUACAUAUGUACAUAUGUAUAAGAUUAAGAUAUGCCUUUAUUCGUCCCUCAGUGGGGAAAUUUGUAUAUAUAUAACAAUUGAAAGAGUGAAUUAUGACAUAACAGCUACAGACAUAUUUCAAUUUGCACUUUCAAUCUGUUUUGCUGUUAGAUUUCUUUGAACAAUAGGCUGUGACUAAAAUGUUCAACACUAAAAUGUCCCUCCAAAUAGUGAAACUGUCCUAAAAAAUAACAAUUCCAUUGUAGGAAAUAACUGUACAUCCCGAUAUUGCAGGUUGGCUGGUUUCAACCAUGAACAUAGUUAAGCUGUACUUUGCAAGAGUGUAUUUUUCACAUAUUGUGCGAUUUUGAGUUUUUUUCACCUUUGUGGGUCAAGGUUAUGUGUUGCUAUGUAAGCUUCUUCCAAUAUGUUUAAAGCGCUCAUGACAACAAAACACCUUCAUUUUGUUAAGGAGAAGUGUUGCUGUGAACAGUUGAGGUGUGUUUUUUUUUUUUUAGUGUCACAGUGACUGAUUUUACUAACACCACUCAAUAGUAAUAGUGUAUGGAAAUUCACCACUAGUGAGAUGUUUUUUUUUUUUUUUUUUUUUUAGAUGAGUCUAUUUGUGGUAAAUUGUAGUUAAGAGUAAAUGUAAGUUACAUUUACAACUAAUAUGCACUGUUGUGCCUUUUCAAUGUUUUGAUGCUGUGGCUUCAGUGACUUUCUGACCUGUCUAUGUUCAUCUCUAUUGUUUUGUGUCAUUUGAUAUUCUGUGAAAAACAGUUAUUUUUUCCAAAUAAAAAAAUGCUAAGGGAUCAGUGUUGUUGCAGUUUACAGUGUUCCACACAAAAUCCUAUCAGCAAUGUUACCUGCUACUUUUCUAUAUAACAAAGAUGGCUGA